AUGGCCGACGUGAAGAAGCCCAUCUCCGCUCCGCACGAGGACGAUUCCCCCGUUGCAUCAGGUGAGGUAACCGAACACCCCAUUGGGCAUGCGAUCGACAUGGAGCAGUACAGGGCAACAGUCCCACUGUGGAAACGAGUAUGGCAGCACAGUUUGACGCAGAUGAUGCUGCUAAGUAUUCAGGCAUUUUGUGGGCCUGCCAUGUCUGAUGCCAUUGCUGGUCUUGGUGGUGGUGGUCUUGCGACGCCACAGGUGUCGAACAUUUCAAACGCAAUCCUAUACGCCUUGCUCGCCACCGGUAUGUUCAAAUUCUCCUACAACACUUUGCUCAAUGACCAAUAUUCUAACAAAUAUAUAUUUCCAGUCUGCUUCCUAGGUGGCCCCCUUGUGAACAAAAUCGGUGUCAAAUGGGCACUAGUCCUCGGCUCAAUGUCCUUUCCCAUUCAAGGCUCAGCAUACUACUGCAACAGCAAAUUUGGCAACCAAUGGUAUCUCAUCUUCAGCGGUGCCAUCAGCGGCAUCGGAACUGCAUGCUGGUACGUCGCCGAGGCUGGGGCCAUCAUGACCCUAGCCCCAUCUGGCGCUCGUGGAAAGUACCUUGCUCUCUGGAUCGUGUCGCGGAAUCUGGGACAGUUGGUGGGAGGUGCCAUCAACCUGGCGAAGAAUAACGAGAAAGGUGCAUCUGGUGGUAUUUCCCCGGAUACAUACGUGGCAUUCGUGAUUAUCGAGUGCAUUGCUCUUCCAUUCGCACUACUAAUUAUGCCUUUUGAGCGCGUCGUUCGAUCAGACGGUACAAAGAUCGUCACUGCAGAGACACUCUCCACGAAACAGGAACUCAAGCGCAUCGCAAAGACCAUGACCUCAAAACUAAUCAUGUUCUCCGCUUUAUGGGCUCUAUGGUCCUUCUUCUACUCCGGCUCCUGGUCCACCUACCUAGGAGUGUACUUCUCCGUGCGCGCCCGCGCCCUCUCCUCCCUAAUCUCCCCAUUCUUCUGCAUCGUCGGCUGCUUUGGCCUCGGCUUUAUCCUAGACAUGAAACACCUAAGCCAACGCCGUCGCGCCCAAAUAGGCCUAUACACCGUUGUCAUCCUAAACGUCGGCGUGUACAUCUGGUCCAUCGUCAUGCAGGUGAAAUUCAAACACAAUGACCCCGGCGCCAUCGACUGGGACGACGCGCUGUAUCCCUCGUCGUUCUUGCCGUAUUUCUUCGUGCAGACGACGGGACCAUUGUCGCAGUCUUAUAUGUAUUGGCUUUUAUCUUCUUUCGCUACGGAUGCGCAGGAGAAUGUUCGGAAUGGCGCGGCGUUUCGGUGCAUUGAGGCUAUUGGGCAGGCUAUUGCGUAUGGCAUGAAUACUCAGACGACGAGUGAUCCGCUUGUUGGAUUUUGUGUCACGUUUGGACUCCUCGGGGCCGCUAUCGUUCCCAUGGCGAUGUUGGUGAAUACAACGCCGGAUCGAAUUCCUGCUGAUGUGGUUGCUGAAGAGCAGAAUGCUGCGAGGGAAAAGCUCGAGGGUGCUUGA